UUGAAUGGCGCGGGAGAGGUUGAGUGACUUGUGUUCGGUAUUCACUUUCAGUUCGUUGUUGUAUCUCGCACACCAGUUACUGUCUUACGUCUAUGUUGUGCUUAAUAGAAGAUAACUUAGAACAGUUUCAAUAAAAAAUGUGCUUAUAAUUAACAACAAAAUGGGUUCGAAAAUCGAAUACGUGGAUUCGUCACAUUUAUACGCUACGAAUUAUGUGCGUAAUUCGAAAGCUAUCGGAGUGCUUUGGGCUAUAUUCACAAUUUGUUACGCGAUUAUAAGCGUUGUGGCAUUCGUGACACCGGAAUGGAUUGGCGAUUUGGAAACAGAGUAUCCGAGGAAAUUUGGUUUGUGGCAGAUUUGUAGAACGGACGAUGCCGUUGAGGAUUGUAAAGGGAGAUUGGACGAUUUUACUUCGAUAAAUGGUUUUGUGUUCAAAAUAGCUACGGUGUUAGUAGGCGCGGCGGUCGCUCUGGCCUUGUUUACUAUAUGUGCCAUGCUUUUAUUCUUCUUCUGUCGAUCAACAACUGUAUUUCACAUCUGCGGAUGGUUGCAGCUUAUAUCCGCGUUAUGUAUGAUCGCGGGCGUGGGCGUGUAUCCGCUGGGCUGGGAGGAGGCGGUGGUUCAGGAGACGUGCGGACCCUCGGCCCAGUACUCCCUGGGAGGGUGUCACAUCCGCUGGGCGAGCUUGCUGGCCGCGCUGGCCGCACUCGACGGCCUGGUGCUGGCCGCGCUGGCGUUCGUGUUGGCCACGAGGCAUGUGGCACUCACCGCCUACCCUCACAACUCCAUGUACAAAGGUGAAGUGAACAACGCAUACGUCACAGACGCGACUUCCGUGUCCGGUUCCCGCAAGUCCCUCGCCCUCCAGCCCGUACUGUUGAUGCACCCUCACGCUCCCAUGGACAUGGACACGUACUCACACUACUCAGGACGAACAGCUCGCUCCAAGCAUGGAUUAUACGCUAAUACUAUGCACAACUAUCAGCUAUGAUGAACAGUUUAUACUAAAGAUCGCUAGAGGGCGCUUUUUAUGUAACAUAAGUGUCAAUAUAUCCCCGGUAGAUGGCAAUGUACUAUAUGAGUUCAAUUUCCAUUACAACGUCCGACAGUGUCCGCUAGAUGGCAGCCUUUAUAAGAAAUAUAACAACAAAGUUUGUCAUCUUUCGCUAGAUGCCGCCACCUCUCGCUAAAUGUGCAAAUAUUAAAUUUAAACUUACUCACAUAUUUAACAAUAUUGUACAUUUUUUUGUAUAGACAUAAAAUAUUUUCUAACAUAUUCGAAUUUAAUGUCAUGUUAUUGUUAGUCGAUAAGAAACUAUAUAUAUGGGAAUACAAUAUAUGCUGUACUUUGGUAAGUUUCACUGAUAAAUAUACUUAACGAGUGUAAAAUAACAAAUAUGAAUUUAAUAUGUAUUGUAAAUAUAAUAAAAUGAUUGUAAGUAUAGAAGUAGUCUAGGCUAGUGAACGGGUUGUACAACGACGGAACUUGUGCCUUGAACUUGUAAUCUCGAUAUUGAUACUGAAUAAUUUAAAUAAAAUUACUUCCUUUGUGA